AGGUUAUGCACAAUGUCAUGUACACAUCAGAAGAGGCGGAGGGUCAUCGGUUAGCCAAUCCGUUUGACACUAUCACCGAAGGGAUAGGUAUCAAUCGUCUGACUAACAACUUCAAGGAAGCGAUGGUGGACUCUGCAUUUCGCGGUACUGAUCAAGAGGCAGUACACAUGGCCAACUAUCUGCUGCGCAAUGAGGGCAUGUAUGUAGGUAGCUCAUCUGCCAUGAACUGCGUGGGCGCUGUCAAAGCCGCACGUGCGCUCGGGCCCGGCAGUGUUAUUGUCACGAUACUAUGUGACGGAGGGGGUCGACACGCGUCUAAGCUUUACAACCCCGAGUACCUGCGCGCAAACGGCCUGGUUGUAUCUCAGUGGGACGCAGCCGACCUCUCCUUUGUGCUGGCGGAAUGAGUAGGGUCGGGUGAGCGUCCUAUAUACAAAUCUAGGUACAAUGAAUAGGUGCAGGGGAGUGUUUUAGUACAUACCCGGGUGCAAUGAAUUGGUGCACAGUACCGGUAUGCUCAAGCCAGCCCCACAUUUCUGGGGUCAGUUACUAUUUAUCUAAAACAUCGAAACAUCAAAAUAGGGAGUCAUAUCACUCUUGACUCGGAGUCUUGAGUUCGCUAGAGGGUUUCGUGGGGUAGAUGAAAUAACACGCCAUCGAACAUCCACGCUGGUGUUUAGCGUCACCCGUUUGUCUACCUAACUAGGUUGAAUGGUUUUAAACUACACUAAAAAAGAUCAUAUUGGCGUAUCAUGGUGUACAGAUGAAAAGAGCUGAUUCUCUCGUCACCUUCUGAAGAAGUAGUUCGAUCACAGUGCUUAAUCUGUGGUGUCAAUUGAACUUACAUAUAUAUAGCGGGUAUCGCUGAACCUGUAAAACUGUCUAAGGUGGUGAUUUGUUACUGGAUAAAUAGAACUCCCUCUUUUAAACACCUAUUUUUAAAGAGGAUGGCUACAACAGCAAACCACCUAUCAUAAAUAGGAC